CAGGGCCAGUCUCAUCCUAGGAUUCAGCAUCUUGGCAUCCCUCCUUACAGUACGCGCCUGGGACAUAUGGAAAAAAAAUCAGGAGCUGGGCUACAGAAAGUGCGUAAUUCUUGCUUUUAUUUUGUCUCUGCUCACCGACACCUAUGACAAUCAGAGCGAUGCGUCGCAAACAUGGAAUCCCAGACUCGGACUGUCGUCCCUUUGCUGUAGCAUAUGCUGCGGCUACCCGUGCGCGCGCUGAACGUGAGGCUCAGGAGAGAAUAACAACUAAUAAGGUCACGGAAGAGCGCCCGGAAACGGGCUAUCAAGCUCCGUUGCUAGACGCGCAUGGAUUGAGGCGAAGGGCGGCCGAACCCGUUGCGAAGCCACACGUUUAUCAACUCCCCGCCACAAGACGCACCGUUUCUGGCCUUGAUCACAGGCCCAAUGGGUUCGACUUUGGGCAUCGAUAUAAUCCCCGCCUUCGGGAUAGCGCCCUCCCCGUCUCGGGCGAGUUACUAUCGCCGGGGAAACGGUCUUCUCGUCGUCGUGCUAGCAGAAAGGAUCUCGUUUUUGACACAGAUGCAGCCGUGGAAGGCAAGAAACGAUCUUUGGAUCAUGACGGCAAUCAUGAGCCCGAAACAUCAAAGAAGUCCCGUGUUGAUAGUGAUGAACUGAUCGAUGUCGAUGAGGAACCCGAAUGGCACGAAGAAGAGGACGAGGCACCGCCCACUCAACGUGGAUCAAAACGGAUGUUCGACUCGGAUGAGGAAGCUGAUUAUAUGCGCACCGAUGGUCGCGACAAGCGCCCGCGGAACAUGUCGCGGGCUCAGACACCCGAAGACCAGGAAAUGGAGGAUGUGGAGGAUGAUGACGUCGCUGAGUUGCGCCCAAUUCCGCGCGGGAAGAAGCGUGAUCGUGCCGAGGCAGGCUCGACAUUCGGUGGUGAUGAUGAAGACGAGGCACCAGAUGGUCAAGAUGACAAGGUUCACCGUCAUCGCAAGCGUCGCACGGUUCGGUCAAGAAAAUCAGAUAUUUCAUCUCGCGGCAUGAAGCGAGAUCGUGAUCCUGAAUCACCAGCGAGUGAUGACAGUACUAGAGGUUCUCACAGGCACAGUGAGCGCACCUUGAAGAAGAAACGAGGCAAGAAAGCUUCUUCCGAGGCACCUAGCGAUGCUCCCGACGGCUCGCAGGAUCACCUCUGCAAAGGCAGAAAGCUUGGUGAGGAGUGGGAAUCGAAGGGCGUUCAAUACAAGCUCGGGAAUGAAGGCGUGCGACUUCGUCUUACUUUGGUGAAAAAGGCCCGAAGCAAAUAUUCAAUGCCUAGGGAUUCUCAACACCCGGAUCGACAGGCCAAUAUGGAGAUCUACGUGGAAACUUGGCUGACAGAUGAGCAAUACAAGGACGCUGAAGAACGGCAGGAGCUUGUCUGGCAGGAGACGCCUAGAGUCUCGAUUGAGCGUAGUACCCCCAGUGAGGCCCCUGCAUCACCAGCAAAGACGGGCAAGGAUUUGCUCUGGGACUCGAUGAAGGACAGCCCCGUUUCUGGUCGUGCCUUCCGCCAGUCAUUGACCAAUGGCUCAGCCCGGGUGAAUCCAUUCAAGCAACCUUUACCGCAAGCUACAACUGGCCGGCGUGUUGCCUCUUCGAAUAUACACACUCAAUCAUUAAUUCCUGGCGUGGCCGAGGGUCCCUCUCGCCCCGGGUUCCGUGCGUUCUCAAAAUGGGAGAAGCAAGAUCUUGAAGCCGAGGCGAUGGCGAGGAUGCGUGCACGGAUGCUGGAGCAGAAGAAAGCAGAAACACCUCAAGGAAAGACUUCGGAGCUUCCGACCAGCGCUACUGCUCCUGAGCUUGGCCCUAAAGCUCCGACUGUCCCCAUCAUUACAUUCACCCCGCCACCUCCUGCUACAUCCACUGCCACGUCUUCAGGCACUGAGACGAAGCCGACGCCAUCAUUAUUUCCAUUUGGUCCUACCUCGACGAGCACGGACGCCUCAAAAUCCACUGCUCCUACUGGGUCCGCUGCCACUCCGGCAAGUGUCGUGCCCGCGACUUCGGCUCCAACUGCCAAUAAACUCAGCUUAUUCCCCACCCCGUCCGCCCCACAAACAACUCCCGCAGCGCCAGCAUCCUCAUUUAGCCUACCCACGACACAACCUCCUACUACUACCAUCGCGCCUAACACAGCAUCCGCACCCUCCAUACCCAAUUUCUUUGCCAAGCCAGCUGUACCCUCGACACCCACACCUGCAACAACCGCGUCCUCGACAACACCUUCAUUUUCUUUUACUCCCACGCCUGCACAGCCGCAGUUCACUGCUCCCUCAUCCACCGACCCCUUCGCCGCGCCUGCCGCACCGAGCACAGAGACCAGCAAGCCGACACCAUUCACGUUUGCAAAACCCAGUGCACCACCUUCCUCUGCGCCAACAUCUACAUCAGCGCAAGCAAACCCGCCGUCGAUGUUUGGGGCAUCCUCAAGCACCGUUGCCCCCGCUUCUGCUCCGUCUGCACCUCCCCAGCUGAAGUUUGACUUUGGCAAAAAGGCCGCUAGCACGACCUCUAAGCUCGCUAUUACAUCUGCCCCCUCCUCUGCCGCAACUACUGCUAACGCCUCAAAACUCGCUGGCCCUUCAUUCUCAUUCCAGGCGGCUACUCCCCAAGCCAAUCCCUUGGGAGCAAGCUCACAGCAGACGUUCCCAUUUGGUCAGCCCUCGUCGACAUCGGUAUUUGGUUCUGGUGGUAGCGCCACUGCUGCCCCAAAACCUGCUGAGACUUCGGAAGCGCCCAAGCCCAAAGCAAAAGAGAAUGAGAUACCAAAGUUUUCAUUUGGUCAGCCUACCGGUGGCUCAGGAUUUGGCUCUAGUGCUUCAUCGGCACCCAAGUCAAUGCUGAACUUUGGGACUCCAUCGGGGACAUCGGCCUUUGGCACAACUGCGUUGGGAGGUGAUGCGAAGAAGACGGAGACGCCAUUAUCAAUCUUUGGCGCCGCGAAUGCUACCAAGGAAGAUGGAAGUAAGGCUGCCGCUCCUGCACCUGCAUCUGCAGUGUUCGGUGGCUCCAGCUUUGGUGCAAACGGUGCCUCGAGUAAUCUCUUUGCGAAGCCCAGUGCUCCACCGCCCAGUGGGGACGCAAGUACGUCUACAUCAACUCCCAAGAGUGCAUUUGGCAAUGGCUUGUCGAGCAAUCCCUUCUCCACAACUCCUGCCGGAUCUCCUGCUGGAUUUGGCAGUACCCAGCCAAGCAGUUUCCCCUUUAGCAAUGGGUCAACCAAACCUACAGAUAACCCAAAACCGUCACCAUUUGGGGCUCCACCAAGCAACACUUCCUCCGUCUUUGCCUUUGGGAAGAAGGAAGACACCGUAGCGCCUUCUUCGUCCAAUACCAAUGCUUCUACUGCGCCUGCGUCAUCGACGUCACCAUUUGCAUUCGGGACUUCGAUGUUCACUCAACCCUCAACGGGUACUUCAAGUGGACCCACGCAACAGCAAUCGGUGUUUGGCAAACCGUCGGCGCCUACGCCCAGUGCAUUUGGUUUCGGUAGUGGGACUGGGACUGGAAGCAACACAUUCACCUUUGGAGGUCAAUCCGGAGGACAAAACCAACAGCAAUGAUGCGCUUCUAUUUUUUGUAUAUAGGGGGGACUGCGACCCGUACAGCACAUACCUUUUUCUCUGUCCUGCGUUUAUCUGGUACAUUAUAGGCAUACAGAUAUUGCACAUUUCAUGGCAUAUGUCAUCAUUUGUUGUAUCAUCACGAUUACAUUCAGCGGCGGCUAGAAGUAGUUUUCCGACUUCAGAGAUUUAGUCUCCUGCGUCCAACAACCUGGCUAUAUUGUGAUUCAGGGACUUGCAACGAGCCAGUUGAUUCGAGGCUUGUAUAAUGUAGCUGGCUCAGAGAGCUACGCACGGAUCAUUUACGUCCCACAGGGAUGCCUCGCGGUUGCUCAUUUCGAUAGCCCACUUACAACCAGGCUGCUAGACCCGACAUCGUAUCUCCCAGAGUCGCUCCGAUAAUUCAAGUGCCGUUGGUCUUCAUCAGCGCUUGCACUCAA